AUGCGGCCAAGUCCAGAGAUAGUUGCCUCGUGGCCAAAACCCAACUAUGUUGACCCUGAGUACCAGGGGCCGCAGUUGGUGAUAGUUACCCUUACGUUUUGCUCCCUUUCUUAUAUCGUUGUGGUCUUGCGAAUGUAUGUACGGCUUCGGAUAAAGAAGAAUGCUGGAUGGGAUGAUUGGCUCAUAGUAGCUACAUUGCCUUUCGCAGCUGCCCUUACCGCCUCAAAUAUAAUAGGCGUCUACCAUGGAUGGGGUAAGAUUCGCCAGAUUCUUAUCUAUAGCGCAGUGUUACUGAUGUUUGAACCUGAAUGGAAGGCUAUCAUAUUUGGGAUAACAGACCCGAAUGGCGCGAGACUUCUUGGAAGGCCAUUGUCAAAUUAUUGGAAGGACCCAUUGCGGCGCAACUGCAUAGAUAAUAAUACCCGUAUAAUAAGUGGCUCAGUUCCACAUAUUGUUACUGAUAUCAUUAUUUGGGCCAUACCAAUUCCGACACUAUACAGAAUGUAUCUUCCUCGUCGUGAAAAGGUGGUCCUUAUUCUUAUUAUGAGCCUCGGUCUUGUUGCUUGCGCGGCAGCUGUAAUCCGGCUUGGAUAUACAUAUGUUUAUUUUUAUAUAACAUAUGAUUAUACAUGGGUUGGGUAUAAUUUGUGGAUAUGGUUAAACAUCGAAACUAACCUUGCCGUUAUCUGUGCAUCUCUUCCAAUACUCCGGCCGCUAGCAAGAAAAUAUGUCUGGGAGUCUGCGAGUGGAGAGUCUUCUGAUCCCGGUUUGCCUAUGGAAACUCAGCCUGUGGGACAACGUGCGAUCCAGGAGCUGACAUCGAACCAAGACAGCAAUAUUGACGGAAUCGUCAAAACUAACCUGGAGCCCCCUCCCAAAGUCUAUCACCCAGUCAAGGAACAGAGCUAG